CUAUCAGUAGGGAGCCGCGCCAAGUCUGAGAGCCCGUCUAAAUUCGGCUCCCUGCCCCCUCCCCCACCCCCUAGCUGGCGCGAGCCGGGGUGGGGCCCAGAGAGGCCGCCAUGAGGACCCUGAGAGCCAUGGCCAUGCAGAAGAUCUUUGCCCGGGAAAUCCUGGACUCCAGGGGCAACCCCACAGUAGAAGUGGACCUGCACACAGCCAAGGGCCGAUUCCGAGCAGCUGUGCCCAGCGGAGCUUCCACGGGCAUCUAUGAGGCCCUGGAACUGAGAGACGGAGACAAAUCCCGCUACCUGGGGAAAGGGGUCCUGAAGGCUGUGGAACACAUCAACAAGACCCUAGGUCCCGCUCUGCUGGAAAAGAAACUAAGCGUUGUGGAUCAAGAAAAAGUUGACAAAUUUAUGAUCGAGCUGGAUGGGACGGAGAAUAAGUCCAAGUUUGGGGCCAAUGCCAUCCUGGGCGUCUCCCUGGCCGUGUGCAAGGCUGGCGCGGCGGAGAAGGGGGUCCCUCUCUACCGGCACAUUGCAGACCUGGCCGGGAACCCAGACUUGGUCCUCCCGGUUCCUGCCUUCAAUGUCAUCAAUGGGGGCUCGCACGCCGGCAACAAGCUGGCCAUGCAGGAGUUCAUGAUCCUGCCCGUGGGGGCCAGCUCCUUCAAGGAAGCCAUGCGCAUUGGCGCGGAGGUGUACCACCACCUCAAGGGGGUCAUCAAGGCCAAGUACGGAAAGGAUGCCACCAACGUGGGUGAUGAGGGCGGCUUCGCACCCAACAUCCUGGAGAACAAUGAGGCCCUGGAGCUGCUGAAGACGGCCAUCCAGGCGGCUGGCUACCCAGACAAGGUGGUCAUCGGCAUGGACGUGGCAGCGUCCGAGUUCUAUCGCAACGGGAAGUACGACCUCGACUUCAAGUCCCCCGACGACCCCACGCGGCACAUCACUGGGGAGAAGCUGGGAGAGCUGUACAAGAACUUCAUUAAGAACUAUCCUGUGGUCUCCAUCGAGGAUCCCUUUGACCAGGAUGACUGGGCCACCUGGACCUCAUUCCUCUCGGGAGUUAACAUCCAGAUCGUGGGGGACGACCUCACAGUCACCAACCCUAAGAGGAUCGCCCAGGCCAUCGAGAAGAAGGCCUGCAACUGCUUGCUGCUGAAGGUCAACCAGAUCGGCUCUGUGACCGAGUCCAUCCAGGCCUGCAAGCUGGCUCAGUCUAAUGGCUGGGGAGUGAUGGUGAGCCACCGCUCUGGGGAGACCGAGGACACGUUCAUCGCCGACCUCGUUGUGGGGCUCUGCACGGGGCAGAUCAAGACGGGUGCCCCCUGCCGCUCAGAGCGCCUGGCCAAGUACAACCAGCUCAUGAGGAUCGAGGAGGCUCUCGGGGACAAGGCUGUCUUUGCCGGACGCAAGUUCCGCAACCCGAAGGCCAAGUGAGAAGCUGUAGGCCCCGAGCCCCCCCGGGACCCAUCCAGGCCUUCAAGCCUUUCCCCACGGAAAUAAAUGCUGGUGGCAAGCAA